AUGGAUUUUGAAGAAGUGGAGAAUGCCUUUUUAUAAGUAGGUGAUAAUCGACAUAUCUAAUGUCGUAAUAUAAAUAACUAUAAUAAGAGAAAUAAUUAAAGUGAAAACUAUGAGAGAACUUGUAAGACAUAAAAAAGGCAAGAAUAAACACAUAAAGAUAAGAAAUGGACUAGUGAUUCAGAAAGAGAGAAAUAAUUUAAGAAAGUGCAACAAUUUGGAAGGAAGCUAAAGUUAAUGGAGAAAAAAGUCGAGAAGUAAGUGGAUCUCAAAAAGGAUGAUAAAAAGAUUUAGUCUAAGCAUAAGUCGAAACUUAGACAUUAACUAGUAGAAUGA